AUGACCAUCUCCUACACACUGAAAGUCGCCAACUCCCGUUUCGGGGGUUUCUCCAAGCUGCUAUUCCGCUGGAAAGGCAGCAUCUACAAGCUGUUGUACAAGGAGUUCAUCGUCUUUGUGGCGCUGUACGCCCUGCUCAGCCUCGUCUACCGGCGGCUGCUGACCGAGGAGCAGAAGCGCCUCUAUACCAAAGUAGCUCAAUACUGCAACCGCUCCACGGAUCUCAUCCCCAUGUCAUUCGUCCUAGGUUUUUACGUCACCCUGAUUGUGAACCGGUGGUGGGCCCAAUACACCAGCAUCCCCCUGCCCGACCAGCUCAUGUGCGUCAUCUCCAGCAAUGUCCACGGCAAGGACGAGAGGGGCCGGAUCCUGCGGCGCACCCUCAUCCGCUACGCCAACCUGUCGGCAGUCCUCAUCCUGCGCUCCGUCAGCACCAGGGUGCUCAAGCGCUUCCCCACCAUGGACCACGUGGUGGAAGCGGGCUUCAUGACGCAGGACGAGUGCAAGAAGUUUGAGAGCCUCCACUCCGACUUCAACAAGUACUGGAUCCCCUGCGUGUGGUUCACCAACCUGGCGGCCCAGGCCAGGCGGGAUGGCCGCAUCCGCGACGACGUGGCCCUCCGCCUGCUCAUGGAUGAGCUGAAUCUCUACCGGGCCAAGUGCAGCAUGUUGUUCCAUUAUGACUGGAUCAGCAUCCCGCUGGUGUACACGCAGGUGGUCACCAUUGCCGUCUACUCCUUCUUCGCCUUCUGCCUCAUUGGGCGGCAGUUCCUGGAGCCGCUGGAGCCCGGGCAGGAGGGGGACCUGGAUAUGUAUGUCCCCCUCUCCACCCUCCUCCAGUUCUUCUUCUAUGCCGGCUGGCUGAAGGUUGCAGAGCAGAUCAUUAACCCCUUUGGAGAAGACGACGAUGACUUUGAGACCAACAAGCUGAUAGACAGGAACUUACAGGUGUCCCUGCUCUCCGUGGAUGACAUGUACCAGAACCUGCCCCCCACUGUGAAGGACAAAUACUGGAACGAGUCCACAGCUCAGCCCCCCUACACCGCAGCCACAGCCGCUGAGACCUUGAAGCCCUCGUUCCUGGGCUCCACCUUUGACAUGCGCAUGUGCGAGGAUGCGGAGCAGAACCAGCCGGCAGAGGCCUCGCCGAGCUUACCGCGCAUCCAGACGCCUCUGCUCAGCCGCUUCUUCGCUGCCGCAUCCCCCGCCAUCAGCAUCAAAAACUUCGGCCGGGGCAGCCGAGGUCACCCCCACCUGCGGUGUCCCCGGGCGGAUGGCAGCUUCCCCUCCCCUUACCCCAACUGCUCCGAGGACCCUGAGUCGGUGGCCCGCAUUGAGGAGGAAGAGAUGGAGGAUGAGGAGAGCCGGGCCAGUGAGCCCACCACGCCUGGCGGUUGCCCGGGGGGGACCCGGCCACCUGAGGCCUCUGAAACACAGAGAAAGGAUCUGCUGCUGAUCCAGGUGAAGGCACCGUCCAGCGACAGCAUUGGGGCUGAUCCACCGGAGUCCUGGAAGCCCUGA